ACCGAGAGGCAGGUUGGAUGAGCUCUGUGGAGCCAGCAGAGAGACGAUGACGCCUGCUGGUCAGGUUUUGAUACAACAGCUGAAAAACACAGAAAUAUGAUGUACCGCUUAUUAACUAUGUACGUUUUAUUACAAUUUGGGUCUUGUGUUUAUAGAUUUGGUAAUUUUUCCUGCCAGUUAUCAGCGUUUCCUCACCAUCGAUCGUGAAAAGAUUGGGUGUCAUGGCGACAUUUGGAGAAGCAACAUGAGCGGUCACGUUCAGACAGACCGAUGUAAACAAACCCUCAUUUUAAUGUUCUGUAUAACCAAUUUAUUUAGAAGAGAAAACCGCAAUGCAUGUUGAAACGACUACCCAAGAUGUCUCUAUAAACUUACAUUUAUUUCACCUGCCAUAGCUACUGUAGCUGUGCAUGCACGUUUUACGAUACAAAGUAAACUUUUUAGGGCUCUUAUCACCUAGAUGUACAGCAGACUACCAUAUAAAACCUUGAUAUAACACCCUAUAGUUAAUAGUUCACACUAUGCUUCUUCCCGCUGCGGAGGUUCUGAGCUGUGCUCAGAGUUUGAUGUGACUCUUCAGUGUAAACAGACACGGAUACAGCUACGAAAUAUCUCUUGGCUUUCCGUCAGCUCUGUGGUGAAGAAAAGAUGACAGAGUGGAUUUUCUCAUCUCAGCUUCACGGAGCAUUUUUAUGAUUUCAACCUGGCUCAACAAGGCGUGUGUGUGUGUGUGUGUGUGUGUGUGUGUUGUUCUGCAUGUUUGCACUCGCUCAGUUGACACAGUCGGCCUCUAAGCUUCCCUGAUAAGUGUUGAAUUAGAAGAUGGGACUGUUAAUCUGCCAUCCACAAAGCUUUUCAGUCACUCUAAACACAUCAAGUCUCUCCCACACAUCAUCACACACAUCAUCACACACACACACCCUAACACACAUACACACAUACACCCUAACACACUAACAAAGUGCAUACAAGACAAACAUAUUUAAUGAAAAAUUACAUCUCAACCAUCUGCCUGAAAAAUGAAUGUGCUGCAUCAUAAAUACUGGAUAAAAACCCUGAGACAAGAGCUUUAGUUUAAACCCAUUUUAUUUGAUGUUUCUACAACACUUUGAGUUAAUGUGUCCAAAACAUAAAGAAGUAAAGAAACAUUUGAUAUAUUAACUCAAAAAUGUCAAUCAAGUUGCUAAUAGAUUUCUUAAGUUUUGGAUAUAUUAACUCCCUUUGACUUUAUUUUAUUCUGAAAACAUUUUAAAGGUGUUCACCUACAACUGUGGCACCUUUACUGUAUCUGAAGAUACAACAACAUGAAGCACUGAUUGUUUAAAUGUUGAUUAAUUGAUAAGGUGGCCUCUGCUGGAAAUAAAUUGAAAAAUUAUAUAUUUAAAUCACAGAUGGUUUCUGUUCAGGUGACAUUGACUAAACUGUCUAAGUAAUAUAUUUGUAUUCAUGUUACCUGCUUAGUUGAUAACUUUUUAUUGCACAUGUGAAGUGAAACAGUUUUACAAAUGUGACACCAGACAAUUCGUCAUCUUUAAUGUGCUUCUAUACCACAUCAUGUAAAGAUGUAGAAGAGAAGAAGUCAAUAAAAAGACAGAUAAAGUAGUCAGUCUACCUCCACAGCAGACCCCUGUCCCAUUGCUUUUGUGCAUGUCUCUCUACCCCCAGCGAAGUCCAUAUGUCCCUCACCCCCAUCCCUCACCCAGACCGGGAGCAGCCAGGCAGCAGGGCAACCCCAACCACCACCAUCCCCCCAAUCUUCCUCCCCAGCCUCGAGAGCUCUGAGGUGGGGGUCCCUCAAAACAAAAGGCCCUCCCUGGCGGGGUGAUUCCCCCCAUUGUCCCUGACACACUGAGGUUUAUCUGGGACUGUGAAAGGAACCAUACUCAGCCCAUUCACUGGGGCUGCACUUAAUGAGCUUGUUGAAGGCCUGUGCUAAAACUGUUAAACACAAACACUAAAUGCUGACAUACUCUCUUCUUGUAGAGCCAGAAUGUCAUUAAAUCAAUGCUAGUCAGGAGCAAUGGGGGACUGUGUGGUAGGCUGAGUGGAAGGGUUUCCUUCUGUGGUGUGUGAAAUAUAGAAAAAGUGCUGCAUGUGUGAUACAAAUAUUUUGAUUUCCACCUGUAAUGGCAACCUGCAAAAUCCACUUUAUAUUGUUUAAUUCACAUUUUGGGUGUCAUUUGCUUAUUGAUGCAGUGAUUCAGCCAUCACUAGCGCCGCGGCUCUAGUGAUGGCAAAGUCAGUUUGUCCACCACUUUGGGACAUACGAUGGGUUGCCAUUACAGUUUUUUUGUGAAAUGUCUCUGCAACUGUUUGAUCGAUUGCUUUGAAAUUUGGUACCGAUAUUCAUGGUGCUGAGAGGAUGAUCACCAUCAGGUGAAAUACCUGAAAAACUAAUGACAGUCCAAUCAGCAUGCAAUCAGCAUCAGCUGUACUUUUAGUUUACUGCUGAUUAGCAGAUGUUAGCAUGCUAACCACUAAAAUGAGAUGGUGACCAUGGUAAACAUUACACUUGGGCUGCAGUCCAAUAGUUUUUUUUUGAUAGGAAAGUUCUUAACUGAUUGAAAUGCAUCAAAGUAUCUCAGUGGUAGCCCUGAUAACAGCAGGUUGAUCUCUAAGUGCAAAGGAAAGGAGAUUUGAUGCUUCAUUACUUAUCUCCUUUAGCAAAGGAAACAAGAUCAUUUUGUCCCACAAUUCCUUGCAGAAGCAACAUUUAAGGCGAUGCGUCAUUCGUCUCUCAUCAACAUCCACUGUAGCUGUUUUAUUGUACACUACGGAUAAAUUGAAAACAUCCUUCAUCACUUUACUCACUUUUUUUUUUUUUUUAAGAAACAUCCGCCGUUGCAUAGUGUGCAGUGGGAUUCUCUUAGCAUGCAGAUGUCUUUUCCUACAUCUUUACAAAUUCUCCUUCACGUGACGUUUUCCAUUGAGGUCUAUCCACUAUCAGUUAGUGUAGGUUUCAUUGUGACUUCCUCCUCGUUUGAUAUUCUGUUGAUGAAGUCUGAGAUUCUUUCAGUGAAUCUUUUUUUUUUCCUUUUUGUUUUGUCUGCGGUGGCUAUCGUACAUGCAGACAUUUGCAACUGAAAUGCACUGCAAACCACAAGUCCAAGCGUCAACCAUCGUUGACACACAAUGCUCACACAUGUGCCCUACAAAGCAACAAGCCGGUCUUAGCGUGUUGUUCAUGACAUUCAGGUUAAAUUCACUGACAGUGGAACACUUUGACGUGCAUUUCAGCUGCAAACGUCUCUUUUUUUUUAAACAUAAAAUGCAUAAUUUUCCUCCAGACAAAGAGUGUAAAAAAACAUCACAUGUCGUUACUUUAUGCUGUCUACAUGGCUUCAGUCUUAUUGUUGUAUCGUGAAGCUUAAAGUGUUUUUGUAGUGCCUGCUGGAAGUGAUCAUGCAUCCCCCCUACUGUGGGAACUUUCUAUAAAUCUUGGGCCUUUCCCAAAAUUCAAAUUCGGCUUGUAAUUUGUGGUUGGUGGUGGGGUGUGUGUGUGUGUAUACAGGGGCUUGGAUCACGCUCAACGAUGUGUGCUACGGACUUGCUUCCACGCACACUCACACAUACAGUACAUAAAUGCUUAGGUUAGGUCCCCGUUGUACACAUGAACAUAAAUACACACAAGCAGCUGCUGUAAUGUGAUGUGGGUGACGGCUGAUCAGAGACCGGACUGCUCCGUCUCUGGUCGGGGAAAAUAAAACCCUUCUUUUUUUUUUUUUAACAGACAGCAGAGGAGCUGGUUUAAGAAAUAAUAAAUAGAAAAGAGACGGUUAGCGUUGAGUUCUGCGUGGUUUGGCCCCUGAGCUCUGCACUUCCCACUCUUUAGUCCCUCAUCUGUUAUCAAGGGUGCACUGAUCCUCCCUUUUUUUCCCGCACUUUUAUUUUUUCAUAGAGGGGCUCGACUCUCGGGGGAAGGGUGCAAGAAGGUUAAGAGGUCUGUUCUUUUCUCUUCCUUUCUCCUCCGCAUAGGACCGAUGGUCCAUUGAAGACCAAUAGCACACUGUGUUGCCGUGGGCAAAAGAGGAGGGGAAGGGGGGGGAAUCUCCUCCUCCUCUUCCUCCUCCUCCUCCUCCUCCUCUCGGUGCAUUUGGUUUGGCUGUCUCUCACAGCCGCAGCAGAGGCCGCAGAGCUCCUCUUGCCUUUCGCCUCCUGCGUUUGUUUUUCCCUCCUCCGUGUCCCAGAGUGGGUGGAGAGAAGCUGGAGGCGCUGAGCUCACCCCCCCCCCCUCAGGCACACAGAGACCUGCUGGGGCUCGAGCAAGCAGCAGCUCUCCCAUUUCCCCUGGAUCUACAUGGUGCACUCAUUCAGGACAUUUUGCUCAAACCUGCAACCUCCUUCUUGGAUUCAGUUUUUUCCCCAUGUGGAUUUUUUUUUUUGUGUUCAGCUGCAGCUCUGUGGGGUCCAGCUGUAGUCUAUACCUGGUUCUGAUGGCUUACAUUUGGGCCUGGCUGGCCAACCAACAGUCCUCCUCAGUGUGAGGCAGGUGUCUCCGAGGAAGGAAGCUGCAAGAAGCAACAUGAGUUUGAUGUUGUGCCGCUGGGAGCAGAACAAUUUCACCAUGAAACUGAUCUACACGGACUGGGCCAACCACUACCUUGCCAAGUCAGGACACAAGCGUCUGAUCAAGGACCUGCAAACGGACGUCGCAGACGGAGUGCUGCUGGCGGAGAUCAUACAGGUCGUAGCCAACGAGAAGAUUGGCGACAUCAAUGGCUGUCCCAAGAGCCGUUCUCAGAUGAUUGAGAACAUCGACGCCUGCCUCAGUUUCCUGGCAGCCAAAGGAGUCAACAUCCAGGGACUGUCUUCAGAGGAGAUUCGGAAUGGUAAUCUGAAAGCCAUCCUCGGCCUCUUCUUCAGCUUGUCCCGCUACAAGCAGCAGCAGCAGCACGCCCAGCGGCAGAAGUGCCAGCCCUCUCUCCCACCCAGCGCCCAGCCGCAGGGCACACACCCUCCAUUGAGCCAGCAGAGCAGUGCCCCGGCCCAGCUCGGCCACUCUACGUAUGGGACUCCCACCCUUACAGCCCAGAAAGCAGCACAGGCCGAGAUGCAGUCCAGGGAUGGCUCUCAGAGUAAACUGCUCAAGUUUUCCCUUGGUCAGAAAAAGACCUCUAGACUUCCUGGCCCCUCAGCGAGGGUGUCCACUGCCGGCGGUGACAUCCCUCCCAGAGGCUCGGUCAGUGCUGCUGGGAACAGACGCAGCCAGGGCUUCAGUGACAAGACCAAAGCCAACUCACACCUGAACAAAGAUUCCUCAGAGGGCAUGACCUCACAGCCUUCGGUGAUGACUGAGCAUGCUCCGUUAUGUGCAGUGACCGUCAGCUCCUCCACCAGCAUCCCCGCCGCUACCUCCGCCCAGAACCCUCCCCCAACUUCGUUGUCCUCCACCUCCUCUUCCACGGCCAUUCCCCAGCCAAACAGCAGCAGCAAGCCCUGGAGGAGCAAGUCGAUAAGUUCUAAGCACAUCUCCCCUUCUCCCUCCUCCACCAGCAGCCCCGCGUCUGCCAUGCAGUCCGUCAAGCAGGAGAAGGACGCCUCCUGUAAGGCUGAAGCUCCUCCGAAGGUUGUCGCUCAGAAGUCAAUGCUGGAGAAGCUCAAGCUUUUCAACAGUAAAGGAAGCUCCAAAUCUUCCACAUCCUCCAAUGGAGCAGGGGCCCAGACUGACAACGCCGCCCUAGCCAGGCAGCUCGGAGCGGUGCAGGUGGAGAGAGCCGAGACUGGCUCCAACACCGAGCCCCUGGAGGAAGAUGACAGCAACGGGACGGCCUACGGAGCAGCUCCCUCUGCAGGUACUACUGUCCCUAUAACCGCCAGCAGCCCCAAAAUCGCCCUGAGGGGCAUUGCCCAGCGCACUUUCAGCAGAGCUUUGACUGCCAAGAAGAGCUCUAUCAAAAGCACAGAGAAAGACAAGGAGAAGGGGAAGGAGAAAGGGAAGGAGGUGGGGAAACGCAUCUCGGCCCCCGACCGGACAGAGCUCAGGGGGGAUGAGCUAAAGGAGGAAGUAGCACCUGUUGCUGAAGACACAGACAGCUCAAACAAAAGGACCUCUAAAAUCACCAGCUUCAUUCCCAAGGGGGGUAAAGUGGCCAAAAAGGAGAGUUCCACCCCUGCACACAGCGGAAUACCAAAGCCAGGAGGCAAAGCCCCGGGAGUCGGGGGGAAAGCUUCCUCAGUGAAGGAGGCGGUGGAGAGGCCUCGGAGCAUGCGGCUAGGAGGGGGUCUCGCCAUGCACCGCGGCCCCCUGGACAGAGACAGGGACAGCAGACACUCCAGCUCUACCUCCAGCCUGGCCUCCACAGAGGGAAAGACCAGCGCCUCCCCCGUGGCAGGAGGAGGCUCUACACAGAGCACAGCCAGCAACACCAUCAGCGUGCAGCUACCUCAGACUCAACAGCACCACAGCCACCCCAACACGGCCACCGUCGCACCUUUCAUGUACAGAUCCCAAACAGACGGUGAGGAAACAGGGGGCAUUGAGACCGGCUCAGGAGGAAGAGGUGGAGACGGUUCCCUCACCAAGACCAGCCAGCUCUCCAUCGAGGACCUUUCAGGUGAAGACCCAGAGACCAGGCGGUUGCGUACCGUCAAAAACAUAGCAGACCUGCGGCAAAACCUGGAGGAGACCAUGUCCAGCUUGCGAGGAACUCAGGUCACACACAGCACCUUGGAAACCACCUUCGAUGGCAGCGUCACCACAGAUGUCAGCGGUGGUGGAGGUGGUGGAGGUGUUGGUGGUGGCAGCAACACCAGUGGAGGGGGUCGGAGUAUCCUCAGCCUCACUUCCACCCGCCCCUCCCUGUCAUCAUGGCGACUGGGCCACUCCAGCCCUCGUCUGCAGGCGGGCGACGCCCCCUCUUUGGGGAACAACUACGGCGGCCGGGUGGUAGGCGGCCCGACGGGGCGCUACCUGUACCCUGGGCACCUCCGGCGGCAGCUGGCCGGCAGGGGAGGAGCCAUCUGCAGCGUGGACCUGGGAGACAGAGCCGGGGAGGACAUUGACCUGGACGGCAUCGACGUGGACGUCACUGGAUACAUGAGCGAUGGAGACGUGCUGAGCAAGAAUGCUGCACGCACUGAUGACGUCGCCAGCGGCUACAUGACCGACGGAGGUUUGGGUCUGUACACGCGACGCCUGAACCGCCUGCCCGACAGCAUGGCCGCUGUCCGAGAGACACUCCACCGGAACACCUCGUCAGGACAAGGGGAUGCCGACAGCUGGGAUGACAGCAGCUCUGUGAGCAGUGGCAUCAGCGACAACAUCGACACAGAUGACAUCAACACCAGCUCCUCCAUAUCCUCCUACGCCAACACGCCCGCUGCAAAGCGCAAGGGCCUCAACGCGCAGCCCGUGACAGAUGCAGAGAAGCACUCGGCCUCCACAGUGGUGCACCAGGCCUGGUCAGGAGACGAGGUGAAAAGGCCAGACGGCGGGUCAGACAGCAGGGUCAGGAUGGAGUCGGGCUCCAAGUGGAGCCGCCGGAACCCCUCGGACAUCUCUGACGAGUCCGACAAGGGCGGCUCAGGGAGGAAGACCCCCUCCGUGUCCCACACGGGCUCUUGGAGGAGAGGCAUGAGCACUCAGGUGGGGGUGACGUCCCCCCGGACUAAAAGCAGCAGUAGCACAGGCUCCACGAGCUCCGGUGGCCUCAAGGCCCACAGUUCAGGUAAGACGGAUGAUGUCAAGGUGUCAGAAAAGGGUCGUCUCUCUCCUCGUCCUAACGGCCUUCACCGCUCGCCCUCGGACGCAGGACGCAGCAGCGGCGAUGAGGCCAAGAAACAGACGAUCCCCACCAGCCGCACAUCGACGACGAACGUCCUCACGCACACCGUUUCAGACCCCCACUCCCAGACACACACCUCGCACACCUCACACACCUCGCACACCUCACACACCUCACACACCUCGCGCACCCCUACCAGCACAUUCGGCUUCAAGAAGCAGGGCCACGGGAUGGUGACAAUGGUUACUGCCAGCGGCGCCACGAUCACAAGUGGCUCAGCCACCCUGGGGAAGAUGCCCAAAUCUGGGGCACGCUCACUUGCAGGAGGGUUGAAGGCCGGCGGGCAGGAUGGCGCGUCGAUGCUGGGCCACCACGAUGACGGGUUCCUCCCCAUGAGCGCCCGCUCCACACUGCAGUACCGCAGCCUGCCGAGGCCAAGCCGCUCGGGAGCAGCCGCCCGCAAUGGAAACCGCUCCUCCACCAGCAGCAUCGAGGCCGCCGUGCUCUCCGUCACGACUCACGGGAAAAACUCAAUCGGCAUGACCAAGGCCAACGGCUCGGGAGGCCUGCUGGCCAAUCAGACGGAUCGGGAGAAGGGCGUCUCUGAGAUCGACAACCUCAGGAGCGGAGUCGGGAUGCAGAGUGGAGGAGCAGCGACCGUUCCCCUGACAGGAAGACAGCAGGUUUCUUCACCCACACUGCGCAGAUUGUUUGGUGGGAAGCCCUGUAAACAGGCUCCGGUCACCACGGCUGAAAACAUGAAGAACUCCACUGUUAUCUCCAACCCCCACGCCACCAUGAACCAUGUGGGCACAGUGCUGGAGUCCCCCGACGGAGGCCUGGGGGGCGUGGAAAGCGAGACCAGCAGCCCAAUGUUUGGAGGCAGAGUGCAGGGAAUAGGGAUGGGGACGCUGGGCAGCGAGCAGGCCUCCAGUCCCGGCUCAGUCUACUCCUCCACCGGCCCCUGCAACAGCCUGACGUGGGGCACCACCUUCAGCAGCUCCUCCGCCCAGAGCAGGGAGAGCACGCUGGGCGGGCACGGCGGGGCGGGCAGCAUGGGAUACCCCUCCGUCAGCAGCAUGCACACCAGCAGCGAGUCCAUCGACAUGAGCCUGGGCAGCGGCGGCCUUGGCGCCCACAGGGAGGACACCCUGUCCGCUCUGGGACGCACCGGCAGCGCCAAGACCGGCAUGUCUGAGAGUCCCCUCUCCUCCCCGUCCGCUAGCCCUUUAUUCAGCCGAAACACGCUGCCUCGGAAGCAGGACAGAGGGCCACACUGUGGUAGAAACACUCUGCCUAAGAAAGGACUCAGGUACGGCCCGUCCCCACAGCUGCGAGGCCACGAGGAGGCCCGUGAUUGGCUGCGCUCCCACUCCACCAGCGGGCUGCAGGAAUCAGCCAGUAACUCCCCGUUCUCCCCCAGCUCCAGCCUCACCUCCCCGUCCGGCACCCGCUUCAACUUCGGACAGCUCGCAUCCAGCCCCACCUCGGCAGCUCAGAUCACCCUCACCGGUCUGCGCAAUAACAGCCUGACCAAUCAGGAAGUCUCCUUUGACCCUUGCAGCGACAACCGCCUGAGAAACUCCUGCAUGUCGCUUGACGAGAAGACUCGCACCAUGAGCCGAUCGGGCUCCUUCAGAGACGGCUUUGAGGAAGUUCAUGGAUCAUCCCUGUCUCUGGUCUCCAGCACUUCUUCCAUUUACUCCACAAAUGAGGAGAAGUCUCAGUCUGAGAUCCGCAAGCUGCGUCGGGAGCUGGACGCCUCCCAGGAAAAAGUUUCCGCUCUGACGACGCAGCUGAGUGCCAAUGCUCACCUUGUGGCAGCGUUUGAACAGAGUCUGGGCAACAUGACCAUCCGACUGAAGAGUCUCACCUUGACGGCGGAGCAGAAGGACUCUGAGCUGAACGAGUUGAGGAAGACCAUCGAGCUGCUGAAGAAGCAGAACGCUGUUGCUCAGGCUGCCAUCAACGGAGUAAUCAAUACACCUGAGCUCGCGCCUAAAAGGGACAGGACAGCCGGCAGUAACGGCAGUCCACAGCAGCACAACCAGCAGCCAGACCUGCGCAUCAGGAGGCAGCACUCCUCUGACAGCGUCAGCAGCGUCGCCAGCGCGACCAGCCACUCCAGUGUGGGCUCCAACAUGGACACCGACGCAAAAAACAAGAAGAAGAACAAGAAAAACUGGCUGCGAAGCUCCUUCAAACAAGCGUUCAGCAAGAAGAAAUCUCCAAAGUCGGCCUCAUCUCACUCCGACAUCGAGGAGAUGACGGACUCGUCGCUGCCGUCCUCCCCCAAACUGCCCCACAACGGCUCCACAGCCGACAGCCACAUGCUCAGGAACACACACUCCAACUCGCUACUGUCUGAGUGUUUGGACAGCGAGGCGGAGACGGUGAUGCAGCUGCGCAGUGAGCUCAGGGAGAAGGAGAUGAAACUCACUGAUAUCCGCCUGGAGGCUCUCAGCUCCGCUCAUCAGCUGGACCAGCUCAGGGAGGCCAUGAACCGCAUGCAGGUGGAGAUCGAGAAGCUGAAGUCGGAGAAUGACCGUCUGAAGGUGGAGAAUCAGGGCAGCAGGAUGGGCUCCCAGGCCUCCAUCUCUUCCUCUCCUCCCCAUCACACACACAGCCAGGCUCAGGGAACGGGGCCGGGGCUCUCCCAGCACAGCCUCAACCUCACCACCAGCGAGUCCACCAGCCUGGACAUGCUGCUGGACGACACCGGCGGAGACGGAGGGAUGAGGAAGGAGGGGCGACACGUGAAGAUGGUCGUCAGCCUGGACGAGCACAGCAAGUGGGGAGAGGAGGGCCGUCCUCGUCAUUUUCUCAUUGGUUGCAUUGGCGUGAGCGGUAAAACCAAGUGGGACGUCCUGGACGGAGUCGUCCGACGCCUUUUCAAGGAAUACAUCACCCAUGUGGACCCGGUGAGCCAGCUGGGCCUGAGCUCAGACAGCGUGGAGGGAUACAACAUCGGAGAUAUCCACCGGCCCAGCAUCCCCAAGGCCGCCCAAACGCCCGAGCUGCUGCCCUGUGGCUACCUGGUGGGAGACAGCAACACCAUCAACAUCCGGCUCAAAGGUGUGAGCAGUAAGAACGUGGACUCGCUGGUGUUCGACACUCUGAUCCCGAAGCCGAUGCUGCAGCGCUACGUCUCCCUGCUGAAGGAGCACAGGCGCGUCAUCCUGUCGGGCCCCAGCGGUACAGGAAAGACCUACCUGGCCAAUCAGCUGUCUCGACACCUGCUGCUGCUGGAGGGCCGACCUCUGACCCCGCACGCUGUCGUCACUUUCAACGUGGACCACAAGUCCAGCAAGGAGUUGCGUCAGUACUUGUCUGGUUUGGCUGAACAGUGCAGCGGUGUCCCGGGUGCAGACAGCCCUCUGGUGGUCAUUCUGGACAACCUGCACCACGUCAGCUCCCUGGGAGAGAUCUUCAACGGCGUCUUCAACUGCAACUACCAGCACUGCCCUUACAUUAUCGGCACCAUGAGCCAAGCCACGUCAUCUGCCCCCAACCUGCAGCUUCACCACAACUUCAGGUGGGUGCUGUGUGCCAACCACGUGGAGCCGGUGAAAGGCUUCCUCGGCCGCUACCUGAGGCGGAAGCUGAUCGAGACGGAGAUCGGCAGCCGAACGCGCAACAUGGAGCUGGUGAGGAUCAUCGACUGGAUCCCGCGUGUUUGGCACCACCUCAACCGCUUCCUGGAGACACACAGCUCCUCUGACGUCACCAUCGGACCUCGUCUCUUCUUGUCCUGUCCCAUGGACGUGGAGGGAUCCAGGGUUUGGUUCACUGACCUCUGGAAUUACUCCAUCAUCCCCUACAUGCUGGAGGCCGUACGGGAGGGACUGCAGCUCUAUGGCCGCAGGGCUGCGUGGGAGAACCCUGCUGCCUGGGUGAUUGACACCUACCCGUGGUCAGCCACCUCCACUCCGGCUGAUUGGCCCCCGCUGCUGCAGCUCCGCCCAGAGGAUGUGGGGUUCGAUGGCUACUCUGCCCCGAGGGAAGGAGUCAGGAAAGAGCCACCACAGAGCGACAGCGACGCAGACCCACUGAUGAACAUGCUGAUGCGUCUGAAGGAGGCGGCGACGUCAUCGAGCCCGCAGAGCUACGACAGCGACUCCAACAGCAACAGCCACCAGGACGACAUCCUGGACACGUCGCUGGAGUCCACCUUGUGA